AUGGAUGAAAUUCCCAGGAAUUCCUUGAAGGCCAUCCUGUUGGAGUUAGAAUGUCACUUUACUUGGAAUUUACUGAAGAAAGACAUCGAUCUGUGUGAUGUGGAAGAUACAAUUGGGCAGCAGCUUGAGUUUCUUACGACAAAACCCAAACUGACUCUUUAUAACCUAUUGGCUUAUGUGAAACACCUAAAAGACCAAGAUAAAGAGGCUCUAAAGUGCUUGGAACAAGCAGAAGAAAUAAUCCAGCAAGAACACUCAGGCGAAGAAGAAGUGCGAAGUCUAGUCACUUGGGGAAAUUAUGCGUGGGUCUAUUACCGCAUGGGCCAACUUGAAGAAGCUCAGAAGUACAUAGACAAGGUAGGGAAGGUCUGUAAGAAACUGACCAGUCCUUGUAACUACACGUUGGCCCGCCCUGAGAUCAACUGUGAGAAAGGGUGAGCGCUCUUGAAAUUUGGAGGGAAAUAUUACCAAAAGGCGAAAGGAGCUUUUGAGAAGGCUCUGGAAGCAGAACCUGACAAUCCAGAAUUUAACAUCGGCUAUGCCAUCACGGUCUACCAGCUAGAUGAUUCCGACAGGGACGGUUCUAUAAAGAGCUUUUCUCUGGGCCCUUUAAGGAAAGCUGUUGCCCUGAACCCAGACAACGCCUACAUUAAGGUUUUCCUGGCCUUGAAACUUCAAGACGUGCAUGCAGAGGCUGAAGGAGAAAGGUAUAUUGAAGAAAUCCUGGACCAAAUAUCAGCCCAGCCUUACGUGCUUCAUUAGGCAGCCAAAUUCUACCGCAGGAAAAAUUCCUGGGACAAAGCUCUGGAGCUGUUAAAAAAGGCCUUGGAGGUGACCCCCACCUCGUCUUUCCUGCAUCACCAAAUGGGGCUCUGCUACAGGGCCCAGAUGAUCCACAUCAAGAAGGCCACGCGCAACAGGCCCAGGGGAAAGGAGAAGGCAGAAGUGGAAGAGCUGAUUGCCUGUGCUAUAUUUCACUUCCGAGCGGCGGUGGAACGCGACUCCAUGUUUGCCUUUGCCUACACAGACCUGGCCAACAUGUACGCCGAGGGAGGCCAGUAUAGACGAGCUGAAGACGUUUUCCAGAAAGCCCUUCUGCUGGAGAACAUUACUGACGAUCACAAACAUCAGAUCCAUUACCACUACGGCCGCUUCCAGGAAUUCCACCGCAGGUCGGAAAAGACUGCCAUUCUUCAUUACGUAGAAGCCUUAAAGGUCAAAGAAAGAUCGUCCCUGCGCCCCAAACUGACAAGUGCCGUGAAGAAAUUAGCUUCCAAGAGACUUGGUCACGAUGCCUUCGACGUGCAGAGUUUAAGUGCCCUGGGGUUCGUCUGUAAGCUGGACGGGGAGAAGAGGCGAGCUGCCGAGUACUACGAGAGGGCUCAGCAGAUGGACCCCGACAACGAGGAAUUCCUCACUGCGCUCUGUGAGCUUCGCCUUUCCAUUUAGAUGCCUUCUCUGGGAAACUGGUUCCAAAGCCCUACCCAUAUCCCAUUGGGCGGUUUCUAUUUUUGCAGGCUUAUU